AUGUCGCACUACGGGAACGGCCAGAACUACUACAACCCCAACAUACCCCACAGCAACGGCGGUGCGCCGAACCAGUACCAGGACCCGUACCAGGACCCGUACCAUCACAGAGCGUCCAGCGCCGACGGCGGAGACCAGAUGAACGGGGGCGCUGCGGGCUAUGGACACGCUCCCGUGCGCCGCGACAGCUAUGCACAGCGCCAGGCCGACGAGCUGUUCAUAGGCGGCUCCAGCUCCCCGCAGGCCGCCCAGGGACCGACAUCGCCCACGGCGAGCGGAUACAACGGUGGCUACACGUACCCGGCGCAGCAGCAGCAGCAGCAGCAGCAGUACAACCCCCAAAACUACGGCUCCUCCACCGUCGCGCUCCCCAAUCCUCAGCACUACGGCGGCAUCAACAGGACAUUUGCCGCUCCCGCUCCCGCAUCUGCAGCCCCCCAGCCACUACAACCCAGCCGCCUACGUGGACAAUGGCUUGAACCGGAUCAACACAAUCAGCCAUCCGUACGGCUUCUCUCCCACUUCGCCCACCGCCAAUUACCCCUCGCCCGCGCAGUAUCAGCAGUCGUCAUUUGGGAGGACUACCUCCGUGGGACCGUCUCGUCGCGCCCACUACCUCCCCCACCACCGCACGAAUCCGACAGCGACGAAUACUUUGCGCAGCCAAACGGUGGCCAAUACAACAACCAGGACGCACUGUAUGACGACAUCUUGGGUUUGACUACUGGCGGCGGCACGACAAGUCCAUCAGUCCAGUUGCAGCACGCGAAUGGCCGACAUUACGGGGACGCCAACAGGCAUGGCUCGGGCCGAAACGGCGACCAUGUGAACGGCAACCACCUCUCUCCUGAAUACGCGAGCGACGAUAGCGAUGUGGAGGCGGCUGCUGGUCUGGCUGCACUGCGCAUGGCUGAAGAACAAGAGGCUGAGGAUGAGGCUCGGAGACAAAGCGGAGGCACUGGUCUUUUCAGCAGCUAUGCGACUCUGCAGUCUCCCCAGCUACCCGCGAGUCCGGGUCGACACCACACGGGAAGUGCCAGCGACAGUGAUUACGUUGGAGCUGGUGUUGAUGUUAGCAUGUUUGGAGGCAUGCCUUCCUUUGGAUACGGAGGUAGCCCCAACCAGCUGGCGUCGGGAGCAAGCCAUCCUACAACAACAUCUGGAUCACAACGAAGAUCAGAGCCAAGCGAAGAUUACGAUUCAAUGCACCCCUUUCCCCCGACACUGUCAUCUAACGUACGCGUUGACACCUUUGGAACUGGUGGCCUGCAGGAGCCAAGUGCGCGGCGGCGGAGCUACGAUGAAGGUGAUGAGAUGACUUUGACUGACAACGCAUCCAUCAUGUCGGGCACUACGUUGGGAGGGCCAUCGGCAGUUAUGCCUGGCGAGCCUCCUGACAUGUUCUAUCAUCCCGGCAUGUCCAAUCGCCCUCUGCCACCUCCUCCAGUAAACACCAACACCGGUCGAGGGCGUCUGAACCACCAAAGCACUAAUUCUGCAGGAUCUGGGUCGUACGAAUAUUGGCGGAACGCCCCCACAGCCCGUGACACCUAUCCUGCGAAUCCUAACGCUAUGGGAAUGACAUCACCUACCGGUGCAACAGUGCCACGUUCUAUCUCCUUGUUGCAGCACAGCAAUGUUUCACAGGCAAACCCGCUUCCACGGUCAAAAACUGAUGCGGAACAAGGACACCGCUCACGUCAAGUCCAAGCUGCUAAUCGUAACACCUUUUACGGUGGUAGCAUUGACAGCGAUGGUAACACGUUGACACCGGGAAGCGCAGAUGCUGUGGCCAUCGAUCUGCCGACGAUUCCAGCUGGGAAGCGCUUCAAUCCAGCGAAACUGUCUACCAAUGAUUUCAAGAAGUGUGCGGAACCGUGGGCGCUCAGUUCUAUCAUCUAUUGGCUCAAGACGAUGACCGAGGGUGAGAAUGAUCUAAAGGAAGGGCCCAUCCAGGAAGGUCUCAUUGCAUUGUUCACUCACAAAGUCCCAACGAUGAACAUUGCAGACGCUGAAACUCUGAGCAGUCGAGUCGUUGCAGACAUGCUCAAGUCAGGUACGCUGGUGCACGAGGAAGAGUGGCUAAAAUUCUCUGGCGUGAGCAUGACUGGUGUAAUAUUUCAGCUUACGGGGGCCGGAUGCUAUGCUCCUAUGCUUCACACGCACUCGUCACCCGGUCGGUGCUACUCGUAUCACUGUCAGAGGACCUUGAAGAAGAUUGACCUACACUCUCCCGCCGCGGCUGCAGCGUCCGAAGACUGGGCCACCUUCCACAAAGUGAAGAAGGAAGACAUUGAGGGAAUCAACAAGAAGGAGAUUGAACGCCAGAAUAUCCUCCACGAGAUUGUCCAAGGAGAAGACAAGUAUCUCGAACGACUUGAUGUUCUGCGAGGACUAUACCGUGAUCGUUUGGUUGCAUCACAACCCCCAGUCGUUCCACCAAAGAAACUUGACAGAUUCAUUCGCGAUGUCUUCGGCAAGGUUGACGCUGUCAGAAAAGCAAACGAGGAUCACCUUCUGCCACAGAUCAAGUAUCGACAGCAAGAACAGGGCCCCUGGAUCACCGGCUUCAGUGACAUCUUCCGUGAAUGGAUAAGGAAAGCCAAGCAUGCAUACAUUGAGUAUGCUGCAUCGUUUCCAUAUGCCACCUUCCUCGUGCGCCAGGAAGCAAACAAGAACAUGCUCUUCCGCGCUUUUCUAAACGAAGCCCAAACCGACAGACGCUCGGAGAAGCUGGAUUGGAAUACUUUCCUCAAGGGACCUAUCGAUAGGCUGCAGCGUUACGGACUCCUCAUCGACACGGUGAUUAAGAACUCCACAGUCGAUAACGAGGAGAAACGCAAUCUCAUCAUUGCGAAAGAGGAAAUCAAGACCGUAGCUCUGGAAUGUGACGCUCGCGUUGGCGAGAUGAGCCGCAAGGUCGACCUGACUGAUCUGCAGGCCAGACUCAUUCUGCGACCAGGCAUGCAGCGGGUUGAGCUGAACCUCGACCACUUGGGACGAGAGCUCAUCUACCGAGGUGAUCUACAAAGGAUGGGAGGCAGCCGUUUCAACUGGGUCGAGACGCACGCGCUGCUCUUUGACCAUUACCUCGUCCUUGCGAAGACGGUCAAAAUGCGGGAAGCUGAUGGAGUCACGACAUCGGAAAAAUACGACGUAUCUCGUCUGCCGAUUCCUAUGGACCUGUUGGUACUCGAAAGCGAGGAUGAUGAUCCUGUCGUGCGUUCGACGAUGAAGGGCAUUGCUGCUGUCAACCCUGCUGCCGAAAAGGUAAGAGGUGGAGGUUUUGGGCGGAACACCAACAGCCCGGGCCCGGGAACACUACAGCAUACUGCUACAUCGAACUCAUUUGGAUCAGCAAACACGGGCUCGUCUGGAAAAACCGCUGUCAACAAUGCUGCGCUUGAGCACAACAGAGACGACAAAAUUCUGUAUCCAUUCAAGAUCAAACAUCUAGGGAAAGAGACGUACACUCUUUACGCGACGUCCGCGAACAACCGAGCUGAAUGGUGUGACAAGCUCAUCAUUGCGAAAACGAGACACGCAGCUGCUUUGUUCGCACAAAACGCAGAACCUUUCCGACUAAGAGUUAUGGCAGAUGCCGCAUUCGCAUAUGACAGUGCAAUGCCAUCCCAGAAAGCCAUCACCAUCAAGGGUACACCGCUGGAUCGCUCAGUAGAGGAAGUGGAGAAAUUGUUCUUGCAACAAGGUCGACCGGUCCCUAUCUGUCGUGCACGAGUCAAUUGUGCGACAGCUUUCAACCAGCCUUACGGUAAACACAUGCUCGCUGUUGGCACAGACAUUGGUGUCUAUGUCUCCGAGUUUGACAACCCUCGUGGUUGGUCAAAGAUAGCUGUACUGGAGCAGUUCAGCCUCAUGCUGCUCAUAUCAGACAAGUCCCUUAUUGCGUACCAUCUUGACGCUGUCUGCCCGGUCGGUGGCGUGCCACCCUCAAACGAUUCUGCUCGACGAGCACCGCAGAAACUGUCUGGUGCACGUGAUAUUGGCUUCUUCGCGACAGGCGUGAUGAAGGACCGCACCCUGGUUUUCUACAAGAAGAAGGAUGGCAUAUCGUCGACUUUCAAGGUCCUUGAGCCCGUAUUCCAGAAAUCCACAGAGAAGAAGUCCAGGAUAUGGAAGUCUGGACGUACCGAGUUCUUCCGGGAGUACGACGAGUUCUACAUUCCGGCUGAUUGUUAUACGAUUAAUCUGUUCCAUUCCUCGUUGGCUGUCUCCACAGCCAAGGGCUUUGAAGUUCUUACUCUGGACAAGAAGCAACCAUGGUCUGUGCCAGACCUCAAACAGCCACACGUCGCUACAAUCGCUGCACGAUUAACAGAACAAAAUCCAUUAGGUAUGUUCCGCUUGUCGGAUCAGGAGUUCCUUCUUUGCUACGAAGAGUGCGCUGUCUAUAUCAACAAGAACGGCGACAUUUCCCGUUCAGUAAUCAUGGAGUUUGUCGGCAAGGCCAAGAGCGCAGCCAUGUAUGGACCGUAUGUCCUCUUGUUUGACCCGGAUUUCGUCGAAAUUCGAAAUGCACAGAACGGCCGCUUGAGGCAGGUCAUCGCGGGUCGCGAUGUCAAGUGCCUCGACGAUGGGCUAAGCGGCGGCUCAUCGCAUAACAGGACUAUCAAGUUGAGCCUACAGCAUCCAGCUCAGGAAAGAUGUCAGGUGGUGGUUGAGUUGGUACUUAAUGAAGGACAGAAGGAAUGA